AUGGGCCCGGGGCCCCCGGCGGCCGGAGCCGGAGCGCCCUCGCGACCGCUGUCCCUGGUCGCGCGGCUGAGCUACGCUAUGGGCCACUUCCUCAAUGACCUGUGCGCGUCCAUGUGGUUCACCUACCUGCUGCUCUACCUGCACUCGGUGCGCGCCUACAGCUCACGCGGCGCCGGUCUGCUGCUGCUGCUCGGCCAGGUGGCCGACGGGCUGUGCACGCCGCUGGUGGGCUUUGAGGCUGACCACGCCGCAGGCCGCUGCGCCCGCUUCGGCCCGCGCAAGGCCUGGCACCUGGUCGGCACCAUCUGUGUCCUGCUGUCCUUCCCCUUCAUCUUCAGCCCCUGCCUGGGCUGCGGGGCCGCCACGCCUGAGUGGGCCGCCCUCCUCUACUACGGGCCCUUCAUUGUGAUCUUCCAGUUCGGCUGGGCUGCUACACAAAUUGCCCACCUCAGCCUCAUCCCAGAGCUCGUCACCAACGACCAUGAGAAGGUGGAGCUCACAGCUUUGAGGUAUGCCUUCACUGUGGUGGCCAACAUCACCGUCUUUGGAGCUGCCUGGCUUCUGCUACACCUGCAGGGUUCAUCCACCGGCCCCACCAAGGAUGUCAACGACCACCUGGGGGUCCAGGAUGUGCCAGUGUUCCGGAACCUCUCCCUGCUGGUGGUGGGUGUUGGAGCUGUCUUCUCACUGCUGUUCCACCUGGGCACCAGGGAGGGGCGCCGGCGGCAGGUGGAGGAGCCUGGUGAACACAGCCCCCUGUUGGCUCCCUCUACCGCCCAGCCCUUGCUGCUCUGGAAACACUGGCUUCGGGAGCCGGCCUUUUAUCAGGUUGGCCUGCUGUACAUGAGCACGAGGCUCAUUGUGAACCUGUCCCAGACAUACAUAGCCAUGUACCUCACCUACUCCCUCCACCUGCCCAAGAGGUUCAUCGCUACCAUCCCACUGGUGAUGUACCUUAGCGGUUUCUGCUCCUCCUUCCUCAUGAAGCCAGUGAACAAGUGCAUCGGGAGGAAUAUGACCUACUUCGUGGGCCUCCUGGUGAUCCUGGCCUUUGCAGCCUGGGUGGCGCUGGCAGAGGAGCUGGGCGUGGCUGUGUAUGUGGCGGCUGUGUUGCUGGGCAUGGGCUGUGCCACCAUCCUGGUCACCUCGUUGGCCAUGACAGCUGACCUCAUUGGCCCUCACACGCACAGUGGAGCGUUCGUGUACGGCGCCAUGAGCUUUUCGGACAAGGUGGCCAAUGGGCUGGCAGUUAUGGCCAUCCAGAGCCUGCACCCCUGCUCCUUGGAGCUCUGCUGCAAAGCCUGUGUGGCUUUCUACCACUGGGUGAUGGUGGUCGUCACAGGCGGUGUGGGCGUGGCCGCCACCCUGGCUCUGUGCAGUCUCCUGGUCUGGCCCAUCUGCCUUCGGAGAUGGGACCCUGGAGCCUAG